AUGGACGAUGUCUCGAAGCCACUUGAUAGCCAGCAAUCCAAACGGCCUGAAGUUGAUGCCAGUGGUGCGCUUGCUCCAGUCGAAGAUGAUCCUUCGGCAGCAUCUGACAAGAAAUUCGCCGCCGCUAUGACUGAUGCCUGCGAUUUAUGGCGCCCACCUUUGGUCGAUUAUGGAUUCAUUGCAAAGUGGCUUGAUGACUGUGUGAAGUGCCACGGAGAUCAAUGCUUCAACAACCCGUCGGAUCUUCGUCUUGUCCCGGGGCUUCAGUUCAUCGACUGUAUUGCCCGACGCAUUAUACCGGCAUCUGAGGCUGUUGAUAAAGUGUACCUGACCCUAAGCUACGUCUGGGGUGCACCUUCAGGCAGUACAUCCGGUAAUGUCGAAGAGAACGGUUCAGUCUCAACGCUCCCCAUUCGCUUGCCCAGGGUCGUCGAGGAUUCCAUCAGGGUGGUAAAAGAGCUAGGAUUCAGAUACCUGUGGGUGGACAGAUAUUGUAUUCCGCAAGCCGAUAAGCGGGCAAAACACACUCAAAUUCAGCUCAUGGGCACGAUUUACGCCCGCUCGGCGAUAACCAUAAUUGCGGCAGCUGGAGAGGACGCGGAGUAUGGCUUGCCGGGCGUCGGCUCCAGAGCACGCAAUCCCCAACUGCGGAUCGAUUUUGAGAGCGUGUAUGGGCUCCCACGAUCACUCAUGGUGCAUCACCAGCCCGAGGAUGAUAUCGGAUCAUCAUUGUGGAGCACUCGAGGUUGGACAUACCAAGAAGCUCUGUUAUCCAAGCGGCGCCUUGUCUUCACCGACAACCAGGUGUUUUUCCAAUGCCAGCAUAUGAUUUGCGAAGAAAGCCAGACGUCAUCAGGACCAGUAUCCCGACAAACUGUAAAAACUAAUAAGUUCGUUUUCCCAUCUCCUGAUGACUUCAAAUACACUAGCACGGUCUGGGAGAGAAUCAACGAGUUUUUGAAACGCACCCUCUCGUUCGAACGUGAUGCGCAUCCUGGAUAUAGUAGCCAACACAGUGGUGUCGCCUUUUUGUGUGGCAUGCCUCUGUUUUCUCGAUCUUCCGUGCACCAGCCUGGUGAUACAACAGCGAAACUCGGUAGGAACCUAAAACAGGGGCACAAAAGCUUCUGCGAAAUAAGCGUCCUCAUCGAAGGUCUGCUAUGGGCCGACCAUUGGGAUGAUAGGGCCAUCGGUUUGCCGAGGGCGGAGUUGUCUUCGACAAGACUGGAACGGCCACGGAGGAGCGAGUUCCCAAGCUGGACCUGGGUUGGGUGGAAAAACACAUCUCAGUAUGCGCUGAAAGUGCAGAGGAAGAUGAGCUGCGUUGAUCAUGCUGCGAAUUGUGUCAUUUCGGCAGUAUAUGAGGACCGUCAGAUGGACAUGGACUGGAAGAAAGAUGCGGAAAAAAUCCUUGAGAACUCAGCCCUUGGCCUGAACCCAAAGUUUUUGGACAUCAAGGGGACAUGUUUCGACGUGAGCCUUGCUUGGCGUAAGACUGGACCUUGGGACGGUGAUCCCUUGGAAAGCGGUUGGGUUUAUACCGAGCCGCUGGCCUUCAGUGCAAGUCGAUUGGGGAUUCGAAAGAGAAAUAUCCCACCGAACACCUUAGAGGAGGGCGAAGGGAAAGUACAUAAGCUCGUCGCGCUGCUUCUUACACGAGACUGGAACAAUAUGGAAGGAUUCCUUUCCAUGAAGUUCCUCUUAGUUCAACCGAUCGAAUACAGCGCUGGAAGAUGGGUAUAUGAGCGCGUAACAUCAGAUUCGGUCUUUCGGGAUGUCGAUGAACGGCUGCCAGCGGAUUUGUUGCGGUGGCGACAAAUUGAAGUCGUGCUCAAGGAACGAGAAUUGCGACUGCGUUGA